AUGGCAUUUCAUGCAAAGAUACAAGGGGGGUCUUUGAUGGAAUACAUCAAAGCCCCCAGAGCGAAAUACACAAUAGUAGGAGAAGCUGUACGAAACAUCUUCCCUGCUCAGAUGCAAUGCUCAUACGGAUGUGGAGGCGAAGCCUGCAAGUUUGACAAUCCGUGUUACUGGAGUGAAGAUCAGCAGGCCAUAAAAGGCCUCUAUUCAUCCUGGAUUACUGACCAUCUUCUUGCCAUGUCCAGACCUUCAACAGAAAUCAUUGAAAAGUAUGACGUUAUUGAUCAGUUCAAAAGGAACGGUAUUAAAACUGUGAUCAACCUGCAAGUACCCGGAGAACAUGCGUUCUGUGGAAAACCUCUGGAGCCAGAGAGUGGGUUUUCAUACCACCCAGAAGUCUUCAUGAAAAACAACAUUUAUUUCUACAAUUUUGGCUGGUGUGACUACGGCGUGGCCAACCUCACCAGAGUGCUGGACAUGGUGAAGGUCAUGGCCUUUGCUCUGCAGGAGGGAAAGGUGGCGGUCCACUGCCACGCGGGCCUCGGACGAACAGGUGUGCUGUUAGCAUGUUUUUUGGCCUACUCUACCAGAAUGAAUGCUAACCAAGCUAUUUCAUAUGUACGUGCCAAACGGCCCAGCUCAAUUCAAACCCGAGGCCAGCUGCGCUCCGUGAGAGACUUUGUUCAGUUCCUUAACCCCCUGAGAAGUGUCUUCUCUUGCGCUCAGCCUCAGUCCAACCCAGUCACCCUGUCCCAGUACCUUAACCGUCAGAGACAUAUCCUGCAUGGCAAUGAGAGAAAGGAGCUGAGACACCUGCCUAAAAUUAUCCAUCUGGUCUGCAGGCUGCUGGUGGACAUUGCAGAGAAUCGUGAGGUGAUAGAGGAGGAUAUUCUUGAAGCUCCUGAUGUUCAUGACAUAGAAAUGACUCUCAAUAUAAUUGAGAAGAUGGGGCCUGAAAUAUUUGCCAAGGAGCCUCGUUUACCAGGUUCUCCCACCUUACCCAGACACUUCCACGAGCCGCCCAUCUUCUACCACCGCAAAAGUCUGAGCUACAGCGAGUCUGACUUGAGGCGGCUGGGCUCGCAGCUGAACCUUCUCACACAACCUCUGACCUCUUCAUUUACCUCCGAGGUCAACCUCCCCGCAUCCCAGAGUCAAGAUCAGAACAGCAGCACAUCCGAUGUAUCCCACAGCUCAACUGGUACCCUCUGGCAAAUCAAGAACGUGGAAAACCAAAAUGAUGGAACAACUGUGCUGAAGAAGACGAAGAGGGAAGCAGUGCAACGCAGUGAGUCAGUGGGAAACGAUAAAUCAGACGAAAAGGGACGCAUGGUGAGGUGGAAGGCAGCGCAGAGAGACGAGCUGGAAGUAAACGGGGCGACGUUUCAAAACAAAGAGGAGCAGUCGGAGGUUCCCUGCAUCACCUUGCAGUCGGAGUUGUCUCUAGAAGCCAGGAGGUUGUUGGUGGCACAGGCACUGGCAGUGGACCUGUUUCUUGAUGGGCAAGAGGAGCAUAAGAACAGAGUGUUGGUCUGGCAGGCAGAGCUGAAUCAAGGCAGUGCAUGGGAGCGGCUGUGCACGGAACGAGAUCCCUUCAUCCUCACUGGACUCAUGUGGGCCUGGCUGGAGCAGCUCAAAGAGCCCGUCAUCUCCUUCCAAGAUGCCGAAGCCCUGAAUCCUGACAUCGGCUAUACCAAGCCUGUCCUAAACACGCUCGGCCAGGCUCCUAAAGAAACCUUAACAUGCAUACUGGACUGCAUGGCUCACAUGCAGAAGAUUUCAGAGGAGGUUGAAAAUGCAUUCCUGCAGCGUACCAUCAGAGCUUUCACCAGGAUGAAUAUAAAUACUGAGGACGGGAGGAAAGUUUACGAGUCUCUCCCUUCCGUUCUGAGGAGUCUCCUUAAGGACAUGAGAUCUGUGGCCAUGGGAGAAGAGCAGAGAUCAUAAUUCCUUUAUU